AUGGUGAAACUCACGGUCGUUCUGCUCACCUUGCUCGCCGCUGCCGCAGCUGUCAUGGUCACCGAUGCCGGCGCUACCGCGACCAUCCCGGCAGGUCACCAACAAGCCACCAGGAGGAGCCGUUUCCUGCUUGCCAACAGCGCGGUCUACAACUCGCCGCCGCCGCCAUACGCCGCCGCUUGCUCCGCCUCCAUGAAGUCGGCCGCCGUGUGCUUGGCACCGGGCAGCCCGGGCCCGACGUGCUGCGGUGGGCAGUGCGUGGACACGACAGCCAGCGUCAACCACUGUGGCGGAUGCAACAAGGUCUGCAAGCACGAUCGUAGCACGUGCUGCGGCGGCCGCUGCGUCGACCUGCUCUCCGACGAAGACAACUGUGGCGCGUGCGGGAACCGGUGCAACAAGAAGUGCAGCAAAGGCUUCUGUGACUACGCCCUGUAA